CUGCGGUGCAUGAUGGUCGGUGUCCUGUUCGUAUCUGCCGUUCGUCCUGUUGGUUUCCUCCCGGUUCCUCCGGCGUUCCUGUGAUGGUGGAGAGGAGAAGAACCGGUCGCUGUGCUUCACACAACAGCUAGCCUCCAGGGCGGCGAGCCCCGAUGCCAUGGCCUCCAGCCACGGCUCCUCCCCUGUCCCUCGUGGAGGCCGCGGUGGCGUCUGUCUCAAGGAGCGGGACGCCCCGCCGGCCCGAUGCCGGUCCGCCCGCUCGCUGCCCGACGUCUGCCCCAAGGAGCCCACCGGUGGGGGGCGGGGCCUGUGCGACGGCCCGUCCGUGGUGGCGGAGCACGACAGGUGGACGGUGUACAGCUCCAAGGUCAACCUCCCCGCCGCGCUCAACGACCCGCGGCUCGCCAAGCGGGAGUCCGACUUCUUCACCAAAACGUGGGGGCUGGACUUCGCGGAGACGGAAGUGAUGCCCUCCUUCUACCUCCCCAACGUCACCAGGGAACACUUCGCACCGUACCUGCAGGAGACGGCUCAGAAGGAAAGAAUCCACGAACGCUGCAAGACAAUCUGUCCCAACAAAGACGAUGUGGACGCUGCCUCCAGCGUCGACGCCAGCCACGAGAAAUCCAGAGCUGAGCUGGAACAAGUGCCGAAGAUCUUCAUGAGGCCUGAAUUCGCUCUGGAGGACUCGGCCACCUUCAACAGCGUGCUGCCCUGGUCGCACUUCAACAGCGCCGCGGGGAAGAGCAGCCGAGACGUGGCCUCCUCCAAGCUGCUGCAGGAGAAGCUGAGUCACUACCUGGACGUGGUGGAGGUGAGCAUCGCGCGGCAGAUCUCGCUGCGCUCCGAGGCCUUCUUCCACGCCAUGUCGUCGCAGCACGAGCUGCAGGACCGCCUGCAGGAGACGCAGCGCGCCGUGGCCGUCCUGCGGGGCCGCACCGCCGCCAUCGACCGCAUCAUGUGCCGGGGGCCCCUGCAGGCGCUCCGCACCGCCCUGACGCGCAACAACUGCGCGCGGCUGCACAACAAGCUGAAGCUGAUGGCGGCGGUGCACCAGACGCAGCCCACCGUGCAGCUGCUGCUCUCCACCUCCGAGUUCGUCGGGGCGCUGGAGCUCAUCUCCACCACCAAGGAGGUGCUGCAGCAGGAGCUGCAGGGAAUCCACAGCUUCAGACAUCUGGGCUCCCAGCUGUGCGAGCUGGAGAAGCUGAUCGAUAAGAUGAUGGUGGAGGAUUUCAGCAUGUACGCCCGCAGCGACCUGAACCGCAGCCUGAGGGACGAGCCGCUGGUCCUGGAGAAGGUCCACAGACCUAAUGCUGACUCACAGAAGGAGCGUCUGGAGUCGCUGGUGUUCGGCCUGCUGCGCCAGAGGAAGCUGGACUUUCUGGAUAUUUACGGCGAUGAGAUGAUCUUGGCAGCGAAGGCCAUCGUCUCUCAGUGUGUAGCAGAAAACGUUUUGAACAUAGAAGAUAUCGACACUGAAGUCAUCACUAAGCUAGCUGACCAGAUGCGUCUGAUGACGUUCCCUCAGCUGUUUGAGCUGCUGAAGAACAUCUUUGAGAGCUUCCUUCUCUUCCUGCAGACGAUCAAGGCCACUCUGAGCGUGAUCAAAGGCGUCGUUCUGGAGGUUCUGGCCUCCAACCAGCGGCUCCGGCUCCUGGAGGCGGGGGCCGGCUCGGGGGCUCCGGACCAGGAGGCCCAGCGCGGGCCCCCGCUCCCGCAGGGGGAGGCCGAGCUGGCCUACCUCACCCACGAGGGGCUGUUCAUCAGCGACGCGCUGAACGACGCCCGGCAGCAGGCGGCCCGGGAGCCCAGCCCCCCCGGGGGCCGAGGGGCGGAGGCGGCCGGCGGCGACCCGGCGGGGACCUCCUCCGUCGGCAGGGAGACGAGCUACAUGUCCGGGGACGCCGCGAUGCCCACCGACCUGGAGCUGAACCGCGUGAUCAACAACCUGCAGGAGCUGCUGCACACGGCCUCCGACGUCAGCCACGACCGCUGCGUCAAAGUCCUCACGGCCAGAGCCAAGGACGGCUCCCUGGAGCGGCUCAGCUCGGCCGAGUUCGUGUGCCUCUCUCGGGCCGUGGAGGCCUUCGUGGGGGACACGGAGGAGCUGUGCAGCAGGCGCAGCGUCUCCCUGCGGGGGGCGCUGCAGAGCCAGGCCAACCGCUUCGUGCACCGCUUCCACGACGAGCGCAAGACCAAACUCAGCCUCCUCAUGGACAACGAGCGCUGGAAGCAGGCCGAGGUCCCCGCAGAGUUCCAGGACCUAGUGGACUCCAUCGCGGAGGGAAGGAUGGAGCUGCCGGAGCGCAAAGUCCCAGGUCCGGAGGACAGGAAGCCCGCCGACUUCCUGCUGGUCAACGGGCAGAAGUACGCCGUGGUCGGGACGGUUCUGCUGCUGAUCCGGAUCUUUCUGGAAUACUGUCAGUGCGUCAACGACAUCCCGUCCAUCGCCACCGACAUGCUGACCCGCCUGUCGGACCUCCUCAAGCACUUCAACUCUCGCAGUUGUCAGCUGGUUCUGGGAGCCGGGGCGCUGCAGGUCGUCGGCCUGAAGACCAUCACCACCAAGAACCUGGCGCUAGCUUCCCGCUGCCUGCAGCUGGUGGUUCACUACAUUCCCGUCAUCAGAGGUCACUUUGAGACCAAACUGCAGCCCAAACAGUACAGCGUCCUCAGGCACUUUGACCACAUCACCAAGGAUUACAACGACCACGUGGCCGAGAUCUCUGCGAAGCUGGUGGCCAUCAUGGACGGUCUGUUUGAGAAGGUUCUGUCAAAGUAUGAGGUGAAGGCCCCGAUGCCUUCGGCCUGCUUCAGAAACGUCUGUAAACAGAUGGCGAAGAUGCACGAAGCCAUUUCUGAACUUCUACCUGAGGAGCAGACGCAGAUGUUGUUCCUGAGGAUCAACGGCAGCUUUAAGACUCACCUGAAGAGGCAGCUGGCUCGCCUCGGAGUCGUUAACGACGGGGGACCUCAGCACGGGCUGGUCGGCGUGGACGUGGCGUUCUACACGGAGAACGUCCAGGCGCUGAAGAGCCUCGACCGGCUCGACCUCAACAUGGCGGAGAUCUGGGAGCAGAAGAGGUGAUGGAGGACGGCGACGGGACGUCCAGGACUCACAGACGCCCCCCCCGCCCCCCCGGAGACGGGCGGCCCGUUGGGGUUAAGGGGGCAGGAGGCCCAGAGGGACCAAAAACACAGAAGCGGGUGAAGCAAAGCGGUGUCACGCUGGGGGGGGGCUCCACCUUUAGAAGACUUGACACACGGAGCCUCCUCAGAAGCUCCUCCAGCACAGAGGAGACGUCAGGGACUUGGUGGGAGUUAAAGAUGUUUAAUUUAUUUUUCUCUUUAAACAUUUGAUUCUGAGGCCAACUUUCCCCCCCCAGAUGUUUCAGCCGGGGCGGUGUUUAUCAUCAACGCACACUGAAGCAAUGCAUUCUGGGUUCAACUUGAACCAACCGGUUCCAUUUGUGGUUUUGUUUGCUGCGGUUCUUUUUGGGGACGUGUUGCCUUUGGAGGUCCAGACGCCUCACAAACCCCCCUGAAUGAUGCCCCCCCCCCCCAUAUAUAAACUCUUCGAUGACGCCUUUAGUUUUUUUCGAACUGUUAAAUUAUGCAUCAAGUUCAGUUUUCCUCCGUCGUGAAGCUGCAGAGGCACUUUUUUUUUUUUUUUUUACGCCUGGUCGUUGACGAGUUUGCCUGCAGAACAUGAAGCAUGAAAAUCAGCUGUUGUCCCUCCUUUAAUCUGCAUGAAGGACGCCAGCGUUUCGUUCCCUCUGAAGCUGAAACCACUUAAGACGGAACAGAAAAUCGGUUCAAAAAGCUGCUGUCAGAACUUCUACUGAAGGAGAAGUACGAGUCAAGAGGAAAACUCUGACAGGAAGUCGCGGUGCCUUCAGGCGCAGUCGUCGAUACAACACUCAGCAGCGUCUCCUAAAAAAAAAAAAUGCUGUUAAACAUUUAAUUCAAUCUGGUGCUGAAACCUGCGGCCGCCCGGUUCCAGUCGGCGCUGUGCUGGUGUGGUUUUGGAGCGCUCCCCUCUGCUCUCACCUGUUCUCACCUGUUCUCAGGUCCACCAUAAACCACAGGAAACACCUGUGUGACGUAGAGGUUCUGUUCCUGAGUGAAGUUCGGUCCCUCUGAGCUGCGACCAAACAAACGCACACCUGUCCAGCUGUGGUCGCAUCGCCCCCCCGCGCCAGUUUGCCCCCCCCCCCACCCCCCAGGACGACGACGACGACUCUAAUCCACUACAGUACUUUAUUACACCGCCUUUUAUUACAGAGAAAGGAUUUAUUUUCUCCAAGACAACAUGAAAUAAUCAACCGUCUUAUCCUUCAAAUAAUGAGACGGUCACCAGGCUGUAAAGGAACUAAUCUCCAGGUCAGAGGGCUUCACGUUGGGGGGGAGGGGGAAGCAUAGACUCUCCGCGCUUCAGAAGUGCCUCCUUUCAGAGACGACACCUCUGAGCUCUCCACUACAGUGUGCCUACCAUACCACUGUGUGUGUGUGUGUGUCUGUGUGUGUGAGUGUGUCUCUGAGUGAGUGUGUGUGAGUGUGUGAGAGCUGGGCUGCAUGUAUGAGAAUCCAAAAUGUACUGACUCCUUCAAACCUGAUGUGAAUAAAACAGGA